UGGAUUUGGGCUCAUUUUGUGCAAGAUGCCCGUUCAGAUCCCGGACGACUCGGACUUCUCGUCCUUUAAAGACCAGUGCCUGAGCGCGGAUGGCUGGACCAGGCGCUACCACAAGGGUGGGGUGACCGUGUGGUGUAGCCCGGAUGAAGGCAGGAGCCUACAAAAGAUCAAGAUGAAAAUAGCGUGCAAGGACGUGAGUGCGGAGACUCUGUACGACGUGCUGCACGACACCAGCUACCGCAGGAAGUGGGACAGCAACAUGAUAGACACCUACGACAUCGGCAGGCUGACGGUCAAUGCAGACGUGGGAUAUUACUCCUGGAGGUGUCCCAGUCCACUGAAGAACCGCGACUUUGUGACCAUGAGGUCCUGGCUCCCGCUGGGCAGCGACUACCUGAUCAUCAACUACUCUGUCAAACAUCCGCAACAUCCCCCCAAGAAAGAGUUUGUGCGAGCUGUGUCUUUGCUCACAGGAUAUUUCAUCCAGUCCGACGGAGCCAGCAGCUCCACGCUGUACUACCUGACCCAGGUGGACCCUCGAGGUUCUUUACCAAAGUGGGUGGUGAACAGAGUCUCUCAGUUUGUGGGCCCCAAGGCCAUGAGGAAGAUCUACAAGGCGUCCCAGAAGUAUCCUGACUGGAAGAGGAAGCACAAUCCCGACCUGAAGCCGUGGAUGUUUCCCGAGCAGAACACUCUGCCGUGCAUCAGCUUGUCGGAUCUGACACUGCAGCAUGCUGACUCCUUAGAAAACAUCGACGAGAGCGGCUUGAGCGAGGAGAAGACCAACCACAGCGAUGACGAGGAGACCUGAACAUUUCUGUCAUGUCCUUCAUUCUCUUCUCGCUGGAAAUGAAAGAUAAGACCGUCGUCAUUCUGUCAGUCAAAUGUCAUUUUCCACG